CCCUUGAAGAACAAGAUACCGCGAUCCUGGCAGGGCGAGGAUGGGUAUCACACCAUUAUCAACUUCUCCGUCAAAUACCCGCAUCUGACUGUCUGAUGUGUCUGCACAAAAUACCCUCCACACAAGGAUCUGGUGAGGGCAGUCUCUCUCCUGACGGGAUACCUGAUGCAUUCAGCUGGGCCCAACAGCUGCAGUCUGACCUGCCGGACUCAGGUGGAUCCAAAAGGGUCGUUGCGAAAGUGGGUUGUAAAUAAAGCUUUGCAGUACCUGGCGCCGCAGAUGUUAAAGAAACUGCACAAGGCCUGCAUGAAAUACCCUGCCUGGGAGCAGCAGCACGAUGCAAACAUGAACCCUGAGCAGAACAAGCUUCCUCUGUUGGUGCUGUCGGAGCUGGCGCUGCAGCGUGCCGCCUCGCUGGAGAACAUCGAUGAGAGUGGCCUAUCCGAAGCGAAGGAUGAGAGGGGCGAGCACAGCGGUUCGGAGAACUGA